UCCACGAAAAGUAAUAGAAACAAAUAUAGAUAUUCAACGACAUUUUUUAACUUCAUGAAGCUUGUAAGAUCCAUUUUGAAUGCUUUGUGUGUUUGUGAAAAUCCCUCCAUGUAUAUACUUGCACUUUGUUCCUAUUGAUCCUUUUAGUUGUACAUUGUUAACUUUUUGACUACAUUUGAAUUGUUAAUAUUUGUAUUUUAUUAUAGUUUUCGUUUUUACUACACCUUCACCAAUUCCCCAUGUUUCUUCCCGAACUGCACUUAUGUUGUUUUACUUUAUACUAAGUCUGGGCGGCAGCCAUUUUGGUUUGUUCCUGCUUUUGAUUGCUUGACCUGUGUUGACUGGAAUUGUGCAUUUUGGUUGUGAAUAGAAGCACUCUUCCAGAAUUGAAAACACUCUGUGUUAUAGAGCGACCAAUUAUUACCUUUUGAACGAAUCUGUACGUGAUCUAUCCAGACAGGAUAGAAUAACAUUUAUUUGUGGUGAUUGUUUAGAUUUGAUCAAUUGAACAAUUAUUGGUUGGAUAGCUGAGUGGUUAUAUUUGUUUAGAACCGUCAUCUUACCCAAUUACUUUGUUUUGGUUUCAAUCGGGCGAGGGUGCGUAUCUAACUCAUCCAGACAGCUGUCCUUCACUCCAAACCGUAGUUUGGAUCUUACAGUUCUAAACAAAUAAUUUAGUCGAAUUCGUUUGGUUUUCGUUUCGCUGAUUUCAAUCAUUGUCUCUGGGAAUAUUUGGUCGUUCGCUUGCGAUGCCAAACAAUCGUCGAAGGAAAUUAAGUCCAAGACUCGUGGAAGCUAAAAGAGAUGAACAAAAGGAUGGAUCCCCUCAAUCAAGGCAAGUGCCUUAUGAUACUUCUAUGUGUCAUGGUUCAUAUUCUAAUCGGGACGAUUGUAAUUAUAGUGAAUCUAGUUGUGAUAUAAUGGCAGAUGGCAUAGAAAACCUUAGUUUAGACGUAAAGCAAGCGAAAAGCGCGAUGCCUACGGCGCCUUUCGUAGGUCCAGAGUUACCAAAGGUUGAGUUAAGUUAUUUCGACGGUCAACCUAGAGGUUAUUGGAGGUUUUUAAGGGAGUUUGAGACCUAUGUGGAGUCAAGGGUCAAGGAUGAUGGUCAACGCUUGCUUUAUUUGAUACAUUAUUGUAAGGGUAAAGCGAAAACAGCCAUUGAGGGUUGUAUUAUGUUGGAAGCCUCUUCUGGUUACAAGAAGGCCAAAGAAAUUCUAAAACGGUUAUUCGGACAGGCGCAUUUAAUCGCUCGAGAGACACUAGAAGACUUAUUCAAUGCCGUGAACUUUGAUUAUACUGACGGAGAGCAACUAACAAACUUGGCUAUUAAAAUGGAAAACUGUGCUAUGAUCUUGGAACAGAUGAAUUAUGUCUCUGAUCUAAAUUCCUUAGUUACCUUGGAAAGUAUAGUGAGACUCUUGUCUCAGCCUAUGCAAACCCAGUGGGCGGACUGAGUGGAUGAAUUGACUGAAGAUAACAGGGAACCGACCUUUGGCGAGCUCACUCAGUUUAUCGCAUCGCGUGCGAGAGUGGCUUGUAGUAGAUUUGGACGGUUAGCAAAUCGUUCAAGAAAAGGACAUAACGUAAAGACGAACUGUCACGUGCAACCGGAGCAAAGGAAUAGUUCGACAACGAAAACUAAAUUCAGUAUGUGUUCCCACGACCAUGCUAUUGAUAAAUGUCCACAGUUCUUAGCGCUUACAGUUCAAGACCGAUGGUCUCACGCUAAAAGCAAGGGUAUCUGUUUUGUUUGUCUUAGACAAGGACAUAAGGUUAAUGAAUGUAAGCUGACAAAGCGUUGUAACGUUGAUGGUUGUGAAAAGAAACACCAUUCUUUGUUGCACAGCGAAAGUGAUAAACCUGGUAUCUCGAAUUGUUGCGGAUACACUAAAUCACUAAUCAGUCAAGUGUGUUUAGGAAUGAUUCCCGUACGGUUGAAAUCGUGAAAAGCCGAGAUUGUGGGUUAUGCUCUGUUGGACAACGGUUCUGAUGUGACACUGAUAAAAUCAAACUGUUUGAGGUCUCUCGGGCUGAACGAAGACCAAGCAUCAGUGGUAGUUGAGAUUGUGGGCGGUAAUAGAACAAUGAAGGUCACGAGUGCGCCUUUUGAGGUAUAUUCUUUAGAUCGAUCUGAACAUGUUACGAUUGAAGGAGCUCUGAUUGUAGCAAGUAUACCAGGUCAUAAGCCAACAAAGUCAGCAAUGAACAACAUAGUUAAGUGGCCGCAUUUAAGUGAUGUGCCAAUAGAUAGCCUAGACUCUGAAGACGUUUUACUGUUGAUUGGUUGCGACGUACCAGAAGCACAUUGGGUGUUAGACCAACGUUUGGGUGGAAGGAAGAACCCGUACGCUGUGAAAACGUUGCUGGGGUGGACGGUUUUCGGACCUGCGUCAUAUUCGGAAUAUAGGAAAAGUUGUUAAUCAUACUAGUAAAUUACAGACUUUGGAGAACGAAAUACGUAAACUUUACGAUGUAGAGUUUUCUAAUGUUCAUUCAAAUGAUAAAUUAGUUUCACUAGAAGAUAAGGCGGCUAUAAGGAUUGCGGAAGGGGGCACACGCUUCGAAAAUGGUCAUUUUGUAGUUCCUAUACCAUGGAAAUUGAACCCAAAUAUGAAAGGGGGGAAUUAUGAGGUGGCAAGCAGUAGACUACAGAGUUUGAAGCGUAGAUUGUUGAAAGAUGACACUCUGUAUAUCAAGUAUACAAAAGGUAUUGAAAGUAAUUUUAUUAAGGGCUAUGCGGAGAAGAUCCCUGAAAUACAAUUGCAACCUAGUUAUCGCCCCCGGUGGUACUUACCUCACCAUGCAGUUAUAAACCCGAAAAAGCCAGAAAAAAACUGAGAGUGGUCCUUGACUGUGCCGCCAAGUUUGCAGGCGUUUCUCUAAAUGAUAUGAUUUACCAAGGACCCGACACAACUGCUGAGUUAGUGUGUAUAUUAUUGCGUUUUCGCAAAGAAGCAGUCGCAAUCUCUGCGGAUGUUGAAGAAAUGUUCAAGCAAGUGAAGGUACCUGAGUCUGAUCGAGGAGCUUUAAGAUUUCUAUGGUGGCAGGAGGGAGACAUGUCGAGAGAACCAUCCGAGUUUCAAACGACAUCUCAUCCAUUUGGUGCCAUAUCAUCUCCGUUUUGCGCGAACUAUGCCUUGAAUAAGACGGCCCAAAUAUUCUCUGACGGUUAUGAUGGUUAUGUUGUAGAUGCUGUUAAGAAUAAUUUCUAUGUUGAUGAUUGCUUGGUAUCUUUUCCCACUUGUGAUCAAGCAAAGAGUUUUGUUAAGCAGAUAAGUGAAUUAUUAUGUAGAGGAGGUUUCAAACUAAAGAAAUGGGUUACCAACUCGGAGGAGGUAAGGACCAUCUUGCCUGAUGUAUGUAAAGAACAGUCCUUGAUAAAAAUGUCAACGAAUUACGACACUACUCAUCGAACCCUAGGUGUAGAAUGGGAUUUUAAACAAGAUGUAUUUAAGUUUUACUUUGAUGCACCGGAAAGGCCUCUGACUAGGAGAGGUAUUCUAUCUAUAGUUUCUUCUCUGUUCGAUCCCCUGGGUCUAAUUGCUCCAGUCUGUAUUACUGCCAAACUCCACUUGCAAAAAUUAUGUAAGUCCCAAAUAGGCUGGGAUCAGCCUCUCAACGAGCCAUACAUGUCUGCGUGGCUAAGCUGGGUAAGUUUUAUGCGUCAGAUAGGUCACAUCACGGUAGCUCGAGGUAUCAAGAGGAGAAUCAACGAACCCGACGCGAAAGUGGAAUUGCACUUGUUCAGUGAUGCUUCAGAGGUUGGUUAUGGAGCAGUUGCGUACGCACGAGUCAGUUAUUUGAAGGAGCCACCAUACUGUAUCCUGUUGUACAGCAAGUCUAGGGUAGCACCUAUCAGACAAGUCCCUAUACCGAGACUUGAGAUGGCGGCAGCGGUGUUAAGUGUGAGGCUUAGUGAAGUAUUACGGAGAAGUCUGCCUAAUUUUUUCUGCAAAGUGAACUUCCAUACAGAUUCCAUGAGAGUGUUAUACUACAUUAAGAAUAUCGAGAACCGAUAUAGCACCUAUAUAGCCAACCGCCUCGCUGUGGUGCACCAGUAUACUAAGGUUGAACAAUGGAAUUAUGUAAAGUCAUCACAGAAUCCAGCUGAUUGGACCUCAAGAGGUAUACAAAAAAUGACUGAUCUUGAAUCUUGGUUCAAAUGUCCUACCUUACUGCAUGGCGAAUUCUGUACAACAAUCACUGACUGUCCGGAACCUACUACUGACGAUAUUGAGUUUAGAAAAACUGCUGUGGUUAACUUGAGUAGUAUAAAGUACAACAUGUCACCUAUUCUCUCUUAUUACUCCGAGUGGUUGAAAUUAGUCAGGGCCGUAGCCUGGCUUAGAAGGUUCAUAGAAUUUCUGAUGGUGCUUCGUUCACCGAGUCAUGAAGGAUCCGUUCAUCUAGGAUGUUUAAAGGUCAAAGAGCUUGACAUCGCCAAGCGUAAAAUUUUAUUGAUGGUUCAGAAAGAAGUGUAUGGAGAAAUACUUAGUGGACUUAAAAACAAUGGUCAAGUAGUUAGUCACAAUGAUCUGAAGGGCUUAUCACCGAUAAUGCUUGAUGGGUUACUCUGCGUUGGAGGUCGACUAAGCUACUCAGAUUUCUCAAAUGCCUUUAAACAUCCAAUAAUAUUACCCAGUCGACACUUAGUGACAGAAAUGAUAAUUAGACAUUAUCAUAAGGAACAAGGGCACACAGGAACGUCACAAGUACUAGCCACGAUUCGAAAAAGGUAUUGGAUAAUAAAAGGAACCAGCACGGUUAAGAGAGUGAUAGGAAAGUGUGUGACAUGCCGGCGGUAUACGAUGGCUACAGGGCAACAAUUGAUGGCACCACUUCCAGCUUGUAGAAUUCAACAAGGAUGGUAUAGCUUCUCAGCCGUGGGAGUAGACUACUUUGGACCAUUUUUUGUCAAAAGAGGAAGAUCCUUAGAAAAGAGAUAUGGAUGUGUAUUCACUUGCUUGCAAACCCGAGCAGUACAUACUGAAAUGACACAUAGUUUGAAUACUGAUUCGUUUAUAAUGGCCUUGUUACGUUUUAUUGGAAGAAGAGGGAAACCUGCCGAAAUUUACAGUGACAAUGGGUCAAAUUUCGUGGGUGCGGUCUCUGAAUUAAGGAGAUUUGUGCAACAGUUGAAUCAACAGAAAAUAGACAAAGAACUGUCAGCUAGGCAGAUUCAGUGGUAUUUUAACCCGCCCUCAUCCAGCCACAGGGGUGGAGUUUGGGAAAGGAUGAUUAGGUCCAUUCGCCGACUGUUAUUAUUGAUAACUAGAGAACAGACUCUAACCGAUGAGACUUUAAGCACUUAUUUGAUUGAGAUUGAAAGGAUAUUGAACGAUCGAACCUUAACUCCGGUCGUUCAAGAUGCUAACGAUAAACUAGCCUUGUCGCCAAAUAGUUUGUUAUUAUUGAGAGAAUGUGAUGGAAUAGUCGAAGAAGGUAGCAUCAGAGAUCAAUAUGACAAACGUUGGAAACAGGUUAAUCAUCUUGCUAAUGUGUUUUGGAAAAGGUGGUUGAGAUAGUAUUUACCGUCCCUACAAAGACGUCAAAAGUGGUUAGUUGAACACCGCAAUUUUCAGAAAGGGGAUGUAGUGAUCGUGGCUUCGGACAUAUCGACUCGUGGAAAAUGGCCCUUAGGAGUAGUUGAAGAUUGUGAAAUAGAUGACGACGGAAGAGUUAGAACAGUGGUUGUUCGUACGAACGGUGGAUUAGUCAGGAGAGAUAUACGUAGAUUAUGCCUCCUUGAAGGCUCGAAUUAGUUCCCCGUAUUAUCAAUGUAGGUAGGUCGAGUAGGCGUACUGUUGUAAGUCCUACUCGUUCCUAUAGUGUCAUAUGCUACAUAAUGAACCAUGACCAUAGGCAUCAAGGUAGCUUGUGUGACAUGGAGGGAUUUUGGGGGCCGGUGUAAGAUCCAUUUUGUAUGCUUUGUGUGUUUGUGAAAAUCCCUCCAUGUAUAUACUUGCACUUUGUUCCUAUUGAUCCUUUUAGUUGUACAUUGUUAACUUUUUGACUACAUUUGAAUUGUUAAUAUUUGUAUUUUAUUAUAGUUUUCGUUUUUACUACACCUUCACCAAUUCCCCAUGUUUCUUCCCGAACUGCACUUAUGUUGUUUUACUUUAUACUAAGUCUGGGCGGCAGCCAUUUUGGUUUGUUCCUGCUUUUGAUUGCUUGACCUGUGUUGACUGGAAUUGUGCAUUUUGGUUGUGAAUAGAAGCACUCUUCCAGAAUUGAAAACACUCUGUGUUAUAGAGCGACCAAUUAUUACCUUUUGAACGAAUCUGUACGUGAUCUAUCCAGACAGGAUAGAAUAACAUUUAUUUGUGGUGAUUGGUAAUUUUCUUGCAUCCUUUAUCAACUUUCUUAUUUAUUGUAGUUUAGAUUUGAUCAAUUGAACAAUUAUUGGUUGGAUAGCUGAGUGGUUAUAUUUGUUUAGGUAAUAAUGUACACUUAAAUUUAUGAUAAAUUAUAGAACCGUCAUCUUACCCAAUUACUUUGUUUUGGUUUCAAUCGGGCGAGGGUGCGUAUCUAACUCAUCCAGACAGCUGUCCUUCACUCCAAACCGUAGUUUGGAUCUUACAAAGCUCACCUUUUUGGAUCUUUCGUGUCUAUAGGUAACCCUCGUGCUAUUGAUAGAAGAAACCAGACAAGUAGUGAAUAGGUCUUCAUUUCGAUCUUAGCGCAGUCACAGUGGAGCGUGGGAUUAUCUGUUCAGACAAACAAAGGCUCUCAACAUUCAAUAUAAGAUAAUAGGGAAUAUAACGCUUAUACAAAACAAGGAAGUGAAUGAAUACUUGAACAAUACUGUUUUGGCAUAUGCUUGGUUGUUUGAGGUCAACUCUUAACCAACCAACCUAAGCUGUUACAUUAGCUUCCCCCUAGAAUCGACUUCCGUAGGAACGUCGGUUCGAUUAACCUAACUAUCGAAAACACCUUAGUUCUAUUUCUCGUCCCAAGGGAAAAUUAUCAACUCGCUCACUGUUUGACUUACAAUCAGUGACGACUGACGCUGUCAACGAUAGUCCAUGGACGUCUCUUCUUUACUAGCUUGUCAUCUUAUUUUGUAGCACGUGAUUUCUUCUACAACUAUCGCCGACGGUUUGCUGCGUGCUUUCAAGAGAAAGUGUGAGAAUGUGGAAUAAGAAUAUCUGAGGAAGUGCCGCGAGCGGGCUACCCAACACCAUGUUGGUGAGGUACGAUUUUUCCGUGCUCAGACCGGCUAUCAGGUGUUUACUCACCUGCCUCUUGAGUCGCCCUCAAGUAAAACGUAAAGAAGAAUCUACUUCAAAGGUGAUGGUGAAAAUCAAGCAAACCUGAAGAACUGCUCCACUGCCUGCAUAAAAUAAUAAGAUACAAAAUGGAAAUACAUAAAUGUAAUUGAUAAUUGUUCGGUUCCAUGUAAGUGCUUGGUCUCCAGAACGGAUUGGUAUUCUGGAAGGGAAUAGACAUAGUGUAGAUAUCUUGUGCAGAUCUUGUUACAGAUCUCCAUCGACUCUAAUUUACUUCAUCUCUCGCAUUGUGCAGUAAAACGUGGCUUGCAACAUCCAUCGAUCUCGUUCUUUCGUUUUCAGGACAGGUUACGAUUUUCAGCCGUGAACACAGAAAACCUAACAAAACCUGUCAACUGUAAUCUUGACUUACUAUGAAAUGUUUUAUAGAAUGGUUAGUUAAUUAUACCCAUUUGCUUUUAUUUUCAGGUAAGGUAUAAAAGUAACCAAUUCAGGAGCCAGCAUGUAAGCUAAACAAACUUUCAUGAGCUUCCAAAAAUCAUGAAGGACGAUCUGUGAUGGUUUCUUCACCUCAAGUUUUGUAAAAAAAAAAACGGUCACGACUGUUGUUCUACCAAAGCAGCUCCUACAGUAUGACCCAUAGAUAUGGGUCAACGUUGUAGUGGCAUUGGACUAUAACCACACAAUCCUCAAAGCUGAACAUGAGACAACUCGGAAAAUAGAUAUUCAAUAUUUAACGCGGAGAAAUACCUAACGAUGGAGAAGGCGGGAAGAAUGUAUUGAAUGAAUUAGAGUUGAUCGAACGGCAUGGUUUGGCCAUGCAGGCGUGGUCCCUGCUGAAUGUUAUCUUAUAUCUUCUAUUCAUAUUAAAUAUAUUGUUCUAUCUCUAGCCUAACCUUGUUCUACAUCAUGUAUUGGUAAUUGAUACGAUACAGUGAGUUGGCGUAGUCGAUGGUGUGACUUCCACGUAAGAUCUUAUAGAUUAGGCAGUUAUAUCAUGACAAAUCUACAAAUUUAGGAUUAGGUCUAUUAUUAGAGCAGCACUAAUAUUAUAGUAGACCAUAGUUCCACAACGUCGCCUACAAUUUUGACCGUAAUUCGAAGCAAUAAACUGUAGGGCUAAUGGGUUUGGUGCCGGACAAGCUUAACAAUAGCUAUAGUUUAUAGAGUAAGUUAUUUAAUAUUCGUCACACUUGAAUACAUUGGAUCCUUUGUGAUGCACUUAUAUUUACUAGAUAAGUGGGGGUAAAUAAAUAACAAAUGUUGGUCUGUACGUUCUAGAAAUUGAUAAAAACCUCAUUAAUUUUGCUGGACAAACACUGGCUAAGGGUGCCUGGUUAAGCAUACGCAUUUGUAACUGGUUUAACUAUCUGCUUCUAGUUUCGAUCUUCAGAUUGUCUUAGUCUGGGACUUCUGUUAUUGGUGAUUACUAUCUCUUUUCUUCCCUACUUAUUUUACGUACACUGUGUGCCCUUGCUGGAUCGUCGACUCACCUUUUCUCUUGUUCUUCGCUUUUUCAACUCAACUCACUCAUGCUACUCUGCAUGCUUCUCCUACUAUAUAAGUACCUUCAGGUAAGACGCAAACGGUCGCAGCACCAGAUUGUAGAGACUCAUAUUUAUCACGGGAACACGACUGGUUUAAUAAAAACAAUUAUUAUUAUAACCAACUGUACCAGUGUUUGUUUUAAUGUGCUUUUGUUUGACUGUGCUAAUGACAGCUAUAUUGUGCUUCCACUCUUAUUCUUACACUUUGAUUGUAACUUCGCGCGAAUUCGGUUACGUUCUGUAACCAAGCUUGUAUCCUGGCACGAUCUCGGUAUCCUUUCGAUGCCACGAGAUCGUCAGCGAAUAUAUCUCGAUUUGGUCCAUUAACUGUCUUCUGAUAUUUGGCUUCUCGGGGAUUUUAUGGAUUUAUUUGGUUACGUUCAACCUUCGCCUUCUGAUUUAUUUGGCACGUGUUUUUUGGUAGCGGUGUUCAUAGUUAAUCUCAACUCGAUGCCACGCUACAACUGGCGAGCCGUAUUUUGGAACACGCCUCAACCUCUGGUCAAAUCUUCCAAAGACGUCAAUGCGGUGAGUCUAUAGUUUAUCUAUCCACGUCUGUCGUAUAUUUUCAUAUUACCUUUUAAUAUAUAAUAUACGCGACAUGACGGAUAACGAUAAAAAUAGUAUUAAUAUAAUAGACUCCCGUUUAUGUGUACCGGAUCCCUGGCAAUUUUUAUCCGCGUGACGAUGAAUUCCACGCUUUAUUUGAGAAACUUUCCAUUAUUAACUACUCUCCUCGCUGACCCGGCUGCUUGGUACGGAAUGCAUUCGCAUACGCAUUACCGUCUACCUCCCAGCAUCAAAUGGUUAAGUUGAACGGUUUCACUGCCAACUUAAAAGUGCUCUACGAGCACACGAGAACGACAACUGGUACGAAACCUUAUCGCUCGUCCUCUUAGGUAUUCAAACGAGCCUGAAGGCAGGUAUACAAUGUUCCGCCGCUGAACUGGUAUACGGCACGACAUUGCGUCUGCCCGGAGAAUUCUUCACACCACGGAGCAGACUUAAUUUCGGUAAAUCAGACUACGUCCAUCGACUGUCUGCAUUUAUGCGAACGCUGUCUCCGGUGUCAACUCGAAUACAACAUCGACGGGUCGCUCCCCUCGAGAGUUAUCUACCUGUUCACAUGUUUUCAUACGAGUAGAUUCGGUACGCAAUCCUCGGCAACAACCUUACGAAGGCUCUUCUCGCGUGAUCGCUCGUCGCGAAAAGACCUUCAAGGUUGAUCGACAUGGCCGCGUCGAGAUCGUCAGCAUUGAUCGUCUCAAACCUGCACACGUCUAUGACAGUGCCCUAUCUGAUACCCUGAGAUUCAAUGGUAGACCUAUUAAACCUAGCGGGAUCCUUAAAUCUUCUUCAGAUCCCGCGCUAGAUACAUCUGAGACCUCAUUCUCACGUCCCGGUCAACAGCACGCGUCAUCUGCACCGUCUACGGACGAGACGACAGUCUCACGUCCAGAUCAGCAGACCACGCCGCCUCUGACCUCGGAUGAGAUUGCAGGCUCACGAGAUACGAACGAGACUGCCGUCUCACGUUCCGGUCGCCGAGUACGGUUGCCCGUACGUUUCCGCGACUAGCCGCACAGUUAACAACCGAUACGGUGUGGGAUUAUUUCUAUACUACACGCGUGCUACACUCUUCUCUUUUUGAUUUUCUUUUUGUUUCCUGACCCCACGCCUUCGACCAUCUCCGUUUGGUUCCGCCGACUUCAACCAACUUUGGCGAAAGCUGGACUGGCCAGACAUGCUCUUGUCAACGCACUCAGUCGAUAUAUUGGUUUCGAAUGCUUGGCAUACGCUUGGUCUCGAACUUGGUCGUUACGGUCGCUUCUGGUUCAUCGGCUCAACGUGGUUUCGUCCUACGUCUGCAACGUUUCUGGUCCGCAUUCCCUACGAACGCCCUCUUCAGAUUCUGGAUACAAACCACUCUGGUGUAGCAUGCCAACUCAAGCAACAAAUACAGCACAUCGCUCCUGGUACCGUUCUCCGAAAAGACCUUCGUUGGCAACUCGACGAUCAACGAUCGCUUUCCUGUUCGCCAAUUCUUCCGUCCUACAAUCGCUCGUCAGCCGAUCAGUCCCACGAUUUAAACCACUAUUUAUCGAAAGUGUAAACCCUUUCUAGCUGGGGGCUCCUGUAGUAACUCACAUUUAUCACGAGAACACGACUGGUUUAAUAAAAACAAUUAUUAUUAUAACCAACUGUACCAGUGUUUGUUUUAAUGUGCUUUUGUUUGACUGUGCUAAUGACAGCUAUAUUGUGCUUCCACUCUUAUUCUUACACUUUGAUUGUAACUUCGCGCGAAUUCGGUUACGUUCUGUAACCAAGCUUGUAUCCUGGCACGAUCUCGGUAUCCUUUCGAUGCCACGAGAUCGUCAGCGAAUAUAUCUCGAUUUGGUCCAUUAACUGUCUUCUGAUAUUUGGCUUCUCGGGGAUUUUAUGGAUUUAUUUGGUUACGUUCAACCUUCGCCUUCUGAUUUAUUUGGCACGUGUUUUUGGUAGCGGUGUUCAUAGUUAAUCUCAACUCGAUGCCACGCUACAACUGGCGAGCCGUAUUUUGGAACACGCCUCAACCUCUGGUCAAAUCUUCCAAAGACGUCAAUGCGGUGAGUCUAUAGUUUAUCUAUCCACGUCUGUCGUAUAUUUUCAUAUUACCUUUUAAUAUAUAAUAUACGCGACAUGACGGAUAACGAUAAAAAUAGUAUUAAUAUAAUAGACGCCCGUUUAUGUGUACCGGAUCCCUGGCAAUUUUUAUCCGCGUGACGAUGAAUUCCACGCUUUAUUUGAGAAACUUUCCAUUAUUAACUACUCUCCUCGCUGACCCGGCUGCUUGGUACGGAAUGCAUUCGCAUACGCAUUACCGUCUACCUCCCAGCAUCAAAUGGUUAAGUUGAACGGUUUCACUGCCAACUUAAAAGUGCUCUACGAGCACACGAGAACGACAACUGGUACGAAACCUUAUCGCUCGUCCUCUUAGGUAUUCAAACGAGCCUGAAGGCAGGUAUACAAUGUUCCGCCGCUGAACUGGUAUACGGCACGACAUUGCGUCUGCCCGGAGAAUUCUUCACACCACGGAGCAGACUUAAUUUCGGUAAAUCAGACUACGUCCAUCGACUGUCUGCAUUUAUGCGAACGCUGUCUCCGGUGUCAACUCGAAUACAACAUCGACGGGUCGCUCCCCUCGAGAGUUAUCUACCUGUUCACAUGUUUUCAUACGAGUAGAUUCGGUACGCAAUCCUCGGCAACAACCUUACGAAGGCUCUUCUCGCGUGAUCGCUCGUCGCGAAAAGACCUUCAAGGUUGAUCGACAUGGCCGCGUCGAGAUCGUCAGCAUUGAUCGUCUCAAACCUGCACACGUCUAUGACAGUGCCCUAUCUGAUACCCUGAGAUUCAAUGGUAGACCUAUUAAACCUAGCGGGAUCCUUAAAUCUUCUUCAGAUCCCGCGCUAGAUACAUCUGAGACCUCAUUCUCACGUCCCGGUCAACAGCACGCGUCAUCUGCACCGUCUACGGACGAGACGACAGUCUCACGUCCAGAUCAGCAGACCACGCCGCCUCUGACCUCGGAUGAGAUUGCAGGCUCACGAGAUACGAACGAGACUGCCGUCUCACGUUCCGGUCGCCGAGUACGGUUGCCCGUACGUUUCCGCGACUAGCCGCACAGUUAACAACCGAUACGGUGUGGGAUUAUUUCUAUACUACACGCGUGCUACACUCUUCUCUUUUUUGAUUUUCUUUUUGUUUCCUGACCCCACGCCUUCGACCAUCUCCGUUUGGUUCCGCCGACUUCAACCAACUUUGGCGAAAGCUGGACUGGCCAGACAUGCUCUUGUCAACGCACUCAGUCGAUAUAUUGGUUUCGAAUGCUUGGCAUACGCUUGGUCUCGAACUUGGUCGUUACGGUCGCUUCUGGUUCAUCGGCUCAACGUGGUUUCGUCCUACGUCUGCAACGUUUCUGGUCCGCAUUCCCUACGAACGCCCUCUUCAGAUUCUGGAUACAAACCACUCUGGUGUAGCAUGCCAACUCAAGCAACAAAUACAGCACAUCGCUCCUGGUACCGUUCUCCGAAAAAGACCUUCGUUGGCAACUCGACGAUCAACGAUCGCUUUCCUGUUCGCCAAUUCUUCCGUCCUACAAUCGCUCGUCAGCCGAUCAGUCCCACGAUUUAAACCACUAUUUAUCGAAAGUGUAAACCCUUUCUAGCUGGGGGCUCCUGUAGUAACUCACAUUUAUCACGAGAACACGACUGGUUUAAUAAAAACAAUUAUUAUUAUAACCAACUGUACCAGUGUUUGUUUUAAUGUGCUUUUGUUUGACUGUGCUAAUGACAGCUAUAUUGUGCUUCCACUCUUAUUCUUACACUUUGAUUGUAACUUCGCGCGAAUUCGGUUACGUUCUGUAACCAAGCUUGUAUCCUGGCACGAUCUCGGUAUCCUUUCGAUGCCACGAGAUCGUCA